CUCGAUCAGCCGAACCCGCUGGUUCUCUUCAUCCUCCUGGGAGAAUCGCAUCCCAGAUAAGAAGAAAUCGUCUGAAGAUCGACCGGCAGAAAUCUGUAGAAUAAGAAGAAAACAGUCAACGGUGAAAGAUGAUGUGCGAUUGGGUGUGGUUACUAACUCUGUGCUCUCUCCUCAUGAUUGUCCAAUCUUUGCCAACAAAUCUGGCAGAAGAUACAAAAAAGACUGAACAAACGAUGAGACCAAAAUCUAAACGGGCACAGGAAAUGUUGAUGUUCGGCAACCAACAGAAUCACCAACCAGAGAAUAAUCCGAGCUCAUCGUAUUCGUCUACCGCUGAAAAAAGAACUCUAGCUGCAUCGGGAUUAGGCGGAUUAAAAGCAGCCCUUAUCGAAGAAGAGAAACCCUCUCAUUCUAAUACACCUAACAAUGCCUUCUAUGAUCAUAAAAAUUACGAUUAUGGAACAAUAAAUGAACUGGGAUACGAAAUACCCCAGAUAUGGGAUAGUUCGCCCUACUCUCGUUACUACACGAACGAAGAUCGUCGGAAAAGAUCCGAGAAAUCAGCGGUUGUCACAGGAUCAACAACUAUAAAACCAUCAACCACUUCGUUCCAGUCUCCAACAUCUACUCAGCAAUCUGUGCAGACGCAAGUGAAGAGUAAAAACGUUCCCAUUUAUCAAGAACCACGAUUCAAGAGGGAAUUGGAUAUCGAUCCGGAAGACGUUUUAACUCUUCUCUCCUUGUGGGAAAACGAACGUCGCAAACGAAACUGGCAUAAAUAUAUGAACGAGGAAUACGAAAAUGUAGAUGACGAAGACAAUCUUCUCGAGGAAGAGGAUUCUCGAAACAUUAUUCCGUGGAUGGAUUCCUCGGUGUAUCCUCCUCGUCACUACAGCCUAGAUUCUUUGUCACCAUCGGACAUCGGGAUCAUUCGUACCCAUCCAUCCAGUUAUUAUGAACAAUAUGAAAAUCAGUACGGGCAGCAAUACGAUACAUCUCAAUACGGCAGCCCUCAAUACGGUUUGGUUUAUCCUCAACAGACUUAUUAUAGUGCUCCCGAGAAGAGGUUUAUGAUCUCCAGGAAACGCUCGCAGGCGUACGAUCCUUACUCUAACGCGGCUCAAUUUCAAUUAAGUUCUCAAUCGCGGGGAUACCCUUAUCAACACCGACUCGUCUAUUAAAUCGACAUUAACUCGACGAACAACAAGUGAUCGAAAACAUAUUAUAUCGAAAAAGGCGAAAGAUCCUAAUAAAUAAAGCUCGAGAAAGAGGGUAACGAACUGACGUUUUCGGACUCACGUAUACGAAACCGAACACAAAUUUUGCGCUUUCUUGGCAAACGUUCCCUCUCUAACGUUCUCUUUUUUUUUUACUAUUUUGUUUUUUGUUUUUUUAGUGAAUCCAGCGAUACGUGCUCGAGAGUGAACAAGAAAGACUACUUUUACUUUAAGAAAUACGGUGCUCAAAAAAAGACUCAUUCACAAGAUUUAUAAGAACCUGCUGAAAAGACAAUAGACCUCUUGAUUGAAACGUCUCUAUCGUUUGGUCAAUAAUAUAACAUUUGGAAUAAAAAUUCAUAUUUUUUUUUUCGAAUUUCUUUGAAAACUAUUGCAAAAUUCGAAUAUUUUCAAUGGUUUCUCAGUAUGUUUUUAUAUAUUUUUUGCAAGAAAGAAAAAUCUCAAGGCCCUUCUCGCUCGCAAGAAAGGAAACAGAGUCUUGAAAGCGACGACUGAAAUCGUUGAAAACUGAAAUCGUAGUUACUCGAAUCAAAUUACCCUCAGGCUUAGUUCACGAUUUCUCUGACUGAUUAAAUAAAAAAAAAAAAGAAAAAAAGAAAAAAAGAAAAAAAAAAGUAAGAAAAGAUGACGAAUAGAGUUCUUUUUUCAUGAGUUAGCUCGAAGAUAGAUGUAGCGGAAGUGAUAAUGAAAUGAGAUGAUAAUCGAAAUGGAAAAAAAGAAAAAGGAAUGAUGAUUUAAUUCGAUGAGAGUAGAUAGAGUAGACGAUUUCCUAGGGAAAUAUAGAACGAAAGACGAGGCUGAAGAAAUGUAGUUUUAUAACUUUUAUCAUUCGUUUCGCAUAUGGAUUGUUAUAUACAUAUACGUAAUAAUACAUUGACAAAAGAUGAUGACAAAGUGACCGAAGUUCGAUCAAGCUUGUUCAUACAACUAUUUAUAUAUUUCAUCUCCCUUAAUUUACUUUGCAAAAGGUAAGAGAGAAAUAUUACACACACACACACACAAGUACAUAUAUACAAAAUCAAUAAUAUCAAAGCACAGUGUAUAUUGAGUACUGAAAAUACCAGUUUAAAUCCAAUGAUAUAGUCGGUGUUAAGAAUUACAACAACAUAUCUUCUAAUUGGAUUCUCACACUUUAUAUUCGAUUCGAUAUCAUCCCCUCAACCGCCCUUAUUACUUUAACGUCAAUUAAUUUUUCUAGCUGUGUACAAACUAUAAUAAUUGUAACGUUUAUCGUCAAUGAAAUAUUGAAUGUCAACGUGUGUAUCUCGAUGACAUUCGCCUCUAUGGCCGAUUAAAUGAAACCCGAAGAUAAAAAAUUUCACGACUCGAUCAUAAAUUUAUUUCUUCUUAUAUUGCAAGUUCAUAUUAUAACUUCAUAUUAUUAUAUAUAUUGAAUUACACUCAUAUUAAAAAAUCUCAAAAUGAUUCGAUUUAAAAAUAUUUCGUUAAUUCGAAAAAAAUGAGAAAAUAAUUAUAAUCGUUAACGAGGACGUCGAGGACGUGAAAUUUUUCAUUUUCAUUGCUGCGAAUGUAAAGUGUGAAAUACCAUUAUAUACCGAUAAUCCAUCGUCUUACCACUGUCUUAUUGAAAGAUAAAAAAAAAAAAAAAAGAAAAAAAGACAGAUAGGUAAAAAAAAAAAAAGAGAGAAAGACGAAGAGUAUGUAAAUGUAUCUAUACAAACCGAGUAACAUUUAAUGUUCUUCUCGAUCGAACCAAACACGGCCUUCCAUAGAGCAAACGUUCCGAGGAGACUGAGUAAUUUUUCCUUUUCGUUCCUUGUCGUUUAACCAGUAUAUGCUUGAAACGCGUAUAUAAUAAUAUAAUGUAUGAUAUUUUAACAGUAGGAAAAGAAAAAUUUAGCUGACGACUGAUCGAUCGAUCGAAAUAGUUACGAUCGGCAUAAAGAAAAAUUUUUUGUGACUCGAUGCUAUAUAUUUUUGACGAUCGUUUAGCGUGUAAUUAGAAUUACGUAGAUUAAGUAAUACCAAAAGAGAGAGAAUGAUUCAGUAUUUAUUACUUAUUAUUAUUAAUACAUAAUUAAUGUUAUAGACAAUGAAAAAUAUGAAUUAUUGUAUAUGAUUAAAGGAAUGUCAAUCAGUUGGGUUUGGAUUUCAUUGAUACGUUGUAAUGUUUCAUGACCGAACAAAGUAUUACACAAAAAGCUGAACAUUUUGAGGAAUAAUUGUUUAAAUGAUAUAUUUCCAAAUUAUAUUCUAUAGAUAUUUUACAAUUAUAGCUUUAUUCGUUGAAACGAAUCGAUUAUCUUAAAAUUCUGUUGAAUUGUAAAAAACUAUAAUCGCAAGAUUUUUCAUAAUAAAAAAAGAAAACGGAAACCAAAUUAGAUUUAUUUACUUUGUAACGCGGCUGCUACCUUGCCAAGGAAAAGAAAAAAGACAUGAUAUACUAUUACUAUAGUAUAAUAUAAAUUAAUCUUCAAACGGGAAUAUCUAAUUUUCAGAAGGUAUUUUUUUAAAAUAAUAGUGACAAAUGUUGUUAAAUAUUGUUUUUAUGCUGGAUACGGAACCAUUUCAAAAUGUUUCAAAGACUAAAAAAAAAAAAAGAUUUAAUAUAUAGACACUUGUUGCUAUACGAUAUCAAAGUGAUAAUUACUCUUCUUGUAUUUAAGCUAUUUUUCAUGAAUAUUCGAAUCUAAAACAUAAAAGAUAAAAAAAAACAGUAUUUUGGUGAAAAAUUAAGAAAAUUUUA